AACUUUGCCAGCACGAAGAUGUUGAUUGUCCGACUGGCGUUUUUAAUCUCUAUUCUGGGCUUUGUGGUUGGGCUCCAGAAACCGGACUCCACUUCCAGUUCCACGACUAUCAGGACUAUGAGGUCUGGCCGUUAUUGUCAGCGAAGUGGAGGAUAUUGUCGGAUGCAUGGGGAUUGCUGCUCGCGAAUGUGCAUUCAAGUGUCAGCAGAGUGUCGUUAGAAUAAAUUGGCUACCUUAUGCUUUGAUUUUGAUAUAUUGAAAACGAUUUAAUAGAGUGGUAAUAUUAAUUUUUGAGUAUUCAUAAAAAUGUAAAGUGUGUAUACCUAAAUAAAAAGUGUUAGAGCUCUGCCAAGAUUUAA